CCUAUUUCAACUGGGUGUUCAUGUUGGAUACUUCAAAUGACCAUCACUUUUUCAUUGUACCCGUGGUCAGGGCAGGGCAUAUUGCUCUCUUUCCCUUUUCAUGAAGAACUGAACUUGGAAAGAUGGGUACCCUUACCUAUGGGGUCGCAUUCUGGCCCAAGUAAAAUCACUAUUGGGAGAGUGGCUUUUUUGCAGCUUUCAUGAUUUGACAUGAUUAUGUUCUCAACUCUGAUAAUCUUUGGUAUGGUCACAGCAGGAUUCAUAUUUUACAAUCAUCAGUCGAGUGAUAAAUUCAAUGCCAAGGCUAACCUGUUGAAGCCUAAAUCUCGAGGUUGCUCAACCUUGAUGAGACCCACAGCUAGCCUGUUGGCUAAGCAAACACGAGUGCCUCAUUUUGGUAGUUCCAGGUCUCAAAUGGUUCUGGAUCAGAAAGAAAAAAGCGUACAUAACUCAUCCAUGGUUGAAAAUCAGGCUGCCAAACGGCAGAAGCUAGAGGGAGGUCAUCUGCAAAAGGUUGGUGAUGCAAACCCACAGACUGAUUUCCUCCACAAAGCACCUGCUAAGUUGAGGUUAACCAUUCCAAGAGAGCCAGGCUUUGAGACAGCACAUAGAGCACACAGAACUAGGCCUAUGAUUACAUCAGAACUUGAGCAUACAACAGUCGCUGUUCGAAGAUUCAAAGCACGCCCGUUGAACCGAAAAGCCCCUUCAUUACCUAUCCCAAAGAAAAGCACUCCAAGGUUGCCUGAGUUUCAAGAAUUUCACCUGAGGACAUCAGAAAGGGCCAAGCAGCAUACUUCUGCAGUUUCAUCUUCCUCACUUCAGUGCAGCAGUUCUAAUCAGGGCAUGGACAAGCAGGCUACUAUCUCUGUUGCAGAAAUGGGAAGGAGAGAAUCCAGAAGACCCAGUACCCUCAAUGUUACAGAGCAGGAUGGACAAAGUACAUCACACGUAUUCAAAGCUCACCCACUCAAUAAAAAGAUAUUAUCAAGCAAAGGAGACAUAGGUGUUUUUCGAAACAGCAAGCGGCAAACCACAGUGCCCGUGGAAUUUAAUCUCCAUACAGACAAGAGACAUCAUCAUAAUCCUCCCAUAGACCUAUUCAGCAAGCUGUCAUUAAAAUCCGAAAUCCAGCUAAGCUUAGAACCUCCGUCCCAGUUUACUCGACCAAACCCUGCAGUUAAAGUGGUUUCUCUAUUUAAGGGCUCAAAAGAGAAUCAGUUGAAUCCUCUCCAGACAGACCGCAAGAUGCUGCACGGACCGAAAGGAAGGCCAUCCGGCUUUAGUGGAAAGCAGAUUCACCCAGGAAGCAAUGGAUGCAACAGUGAGGUCGGCAACCAGUAUGGCGUGAGGAACUUGGGCAUCCGGUGAGAGUGGCUGAAGCCUGACGAAAAGAAUACCUUGAAACGCAAGCUUCACAAUACAUGGCUCAAGACUUUUUUGUCCCCCUCACCGCUUUCUGCAAAAAUGCACAACCAUCAUCGAGUCAGCUGAAGCAAUCAAUUUCUUCCUGAAGAAGAAAGCUCCACAUCUCACACCAGCAUUGUACAUCUUACCCUUUCCGUGAAAAGAAGAAUAACUGGUUAAAAGGCCGAUGUUGUACAGCCAUUUGAGGCCUUUCUCACCCUUUAGUAUCAUAGAAUAUUUUGACCUUUACUUGUAGCAACCAAGAAAAAAACCCUCAUUUGUAGCUCGCUUUUUAAAUGUCAUCAGGGUCAAUGAUCUUUUGUUUCCAAUGCAGCUUCACCAGCUUAAGUAAUAGAAAGGAAGUAUAUUU